CCGAACGUGCUGUAGCGAUAUCCAUUCAGCGUUUUAGUGUUGUUUUAAUUUGUGCGGCAUUUUUUUUCUUCUCUUGAUUCAAUACGAAUAAAUAUUAUUUCAAUAGUAAAAGUGUGCAUUGAGUGAAUCGAUUAUAAAAUACUAAGAAAAAAAAGAAAGUAAAGCGAUUUAAUAAACUAAAUGAACUGAUCUAAAGAAAAUUGAAAACAAAAAAAAAUAGAGUAUCUUAUUCAGUGCAAAGUUUCCGUAACAAAACACUAAUAAAGCGAUUAUCAUUCGAAAUCAUAAUCGACGUUUAUCGAAGAAAAUAAAAAAAAAAUACAGAAACAACGAAGGCAGUAACGGUACAAUGAACAUUUCAUAGGUGACAUGACGAAUCGCAUCACAGCAAUUAAACUCAAGUUAUUACGGUGAAUUUCAAAAUAUUUUACAUCACUGCAAAAGACAUAUGUAAAUGGAUUUUCUAACGAGUUAGCGCUAAAGACACACAUUCAAUAAUAAUAAAAAAAAAAACACAGAGAGAGAGCCAGACUUGUAUUUGUAUUGAACUGAAUGACUAAACGAUUCUGGUGUGAACUAUAUGAUCUUUGUAUUCAAAGAAACUAAAAAGUGUCAAAACACGAACAUUUGUCGUUCACAGUUUGUUAUCAUUAUACAUUUUUGAAUAAAAGUUCACUUAUACAUACACAGAGAAGGGGAAAAAAACAAACUCAAAACAAAAGUAAAGUGCAAAAUAAUUAUAAAAUUCAUUUUUCGAUAAAGAAAUUUCGAACGACAUAUGAAAGAGUGAACAUAAUCUUAAAAAAAGGGAGACAAUUUUGUGAUUGAUAUUGCUUAAAAAAACGAAGAUAUCGAGCGAGAUAGAGCAAUUGAGAAAGAGAUAUAAGAUACGCGUAGAUAUGAAAAGUGUCCAAAAAAUCGAGCGGCAACUACAAUAGCUAAUCAUUUGCAAGAUCAUUUCAAAACGAAACUCUCACAAAAAAAAAUUUUUUUUUUGUUUAAACAUAAAUUGUUGAAAAAUCGAAUUUGAAAAAGCAAUCGCAUAAAUCGAACAGUGAUCAACAUUGAAAUCACAAAGAAAAUAAAAAAUAUAAAAAAACAGGUGUGAUUCAAACGAAUUGAAGAAAAAUCGAAACAACAAACUGACUGAAAAGUUAAUAUAUUUGUUUUUGUUUUUGUAUAUACACUCUGGUGUUUGUCAUUGUUUGUAAUUGUUCAUUGCAUUUUUCGAUUGAAUUGCUAUAUCACUGAUAUACCUCCAUCGCGGUCAAAUUCUUGAUACAUUUUUCUAACGAGAAGUAAUCAAUAGUCGCCAAAAUUCGCGUAAAAAAUCGUGAACCAAUUCCGAUCUUCAGUGAAAUGGACGAAAGGCGAAUCGACAGAGAUUCCGAUUUAGGCGACGAUUCACCAAUGGUUUCGAGUUCACAAUUUAUUACUGUCAAAAAAGAGAGAAGUAGAAAGGGCGGCAUGGAAAAAAAACCGCCAUCAAAAAUACGAUCGUGGGCAUUAUCUCAAAUAAAUUUGAGUAAUUCACAUGCAGAUGAGCAUUCAGACAGAGAAGAAGACGAGAUGAUGCGCGAAGAAUGUGAAUCAAGCGACGAAGGUGUUAAUUUGAAUGCACAUACAAAUGAAACUGAAACAGCAUUAGACUUUGCAACCAGCCCAAAGCGUUCUCCAUCGAAUACAACAAACAUAAGCAGUCAUCAUUCGGUGUUUGGGCCAAGCCACGCUCUAAGUAUGUUGAGCAACUUCAUGGGCGUACCAAACUUACAAAAUCUGCAAAAUUUGCCACAUAGCGAUGUAUUGGAAAAAUUGAAAAUGCAAGUUGGUCUAAUGGAUCCCGAAUUUGCAAUGCAAUCGCUGCGCAAUCUAAAUACACCGCCAAAUUCGUCAUUUACCAUGCCACAAGGUACUGACGCCACGUCAACGACAUCUGCAAACCAGCCACAUAAUUUAUCCGCAUUGCAAACAUCACAGAAAAAUUUCUCAUUCACAACACCAAACGCACCAAAUGCACCAAAUACUAAAGAUGGCAAUCUAGAAUCAAACUCAUCCACCUCGAGUGAUGCAUCCAACUCAUCACAGCAGAAUAACGGUUGGAGCUUUGAAGAGCAGUUCAAGCAAGUUCGACAGUUGUAUGAAAUCAGCGAUGAACCAAAGCGCAAGGAGUUCUUAGAUGAUCUGUUCCAUUUCAUGCAAAGACGAGGUACUCCCAUCAAUCGGUUGCCAAUCAUGGCCAAAUCUGUACUGGAUUUAUAUGAACUAUACAACUUGGUGAUAGCCCGAGGCGGUUUAGUUGAUGUUAUCAACAAGAAAUUAUGGCAAGAAAUUAUCAAAGGUUUGCACUUACCAUCAAGCAUCACAAGCGCAGCAUUUACUCUUCGAACACAGUACAUGAAAUAUUUGUAUCCAUAUGAAUGUGAAAAGAAGAAUUUAAGUACUCCGGCUGAACUUCAAGCAGCCAUCGAUGGAAAUCGUCGUGAAGGAAGACGUUCCAGUUAUGGACAAUUUGAUUCUCAAAUGCAAGGACAGCUUCAGCAAUUGCAACAGGUACAACGUUCACCAUUGCCCGGUGGUCUACCGCAAAUGUCUCCAUUAUCAUUGGUAUCACAGAAUCCACAUCAUCGUUUGCUACAGAAUCAACAAAUGGGCUUGAUUCCAAAUCAAAUGACUGAAAUGGAGCAACGUAUGCUUGAAUACAUAAAAUUGAUUCAAUCAAAAGAUGUGACCCGUCCACAAAGUCCGGAAUGCAUUCGAUCCGAUACAUUGAGUGCAUUAGAAAUGUCUCGUGUUGCACUUUGGUCAAUGUACAACAACAAUACAAGCCCACCAACGUCAAAUAACACAACUAGUCCACCCACUAAUGAACCACAAAGAGAGGCAUUAAAUUUAACCGAAUCACCAACACAUGUGAUUAAGCGUGAAAGAGAAGCUGGAACUGAUUAUGAUCGUGAGGAUUAUGUAAUGCCAUCAAAGAAAGCUGCACUACAUCAAUUACACACACAAUUACAGUCGCAACGCGAUUCACCGCACAACCAUUACAAUCAUGAGCAUCGUCGCCGUUCCGUAUCACCGUCGUCACCAAAUCGUCAUCGCAAUCGUUCGAUGGAACGUGACCAUGGCCAUGAACAUCGAAAUGGAUUAUUGAGUUUUCAUGAUAAUCAAAAUCACACAUCAACUCGCCGGCACAUGUCUGCCUCACCACCAAAUCAUCGAAAUGGUACAAAUAAUAACGGCAGCAAUGAUCUCCUCAAUGCCUGCAGCCCAUUGGCACUUCUAUCUGGCAUGCAAUUCAAAUUGUUUAGCCGAGGUUCGGAAUCUGGUGAACAACAAUUAGUUGUUUCAAUGGAAUUAAAUGGUGUGCAAUAUGAAGGUGUUUUGUUUGCGAAUCGAGUUAAUGCACAAUCGGCCAGCCCAUCGACAUCAUCACCACCGUGUACACCGAGCAAAAUAACACCGACCACUACAUCAAGCGGUGCAAGUGCCAGCAGCCCAAUGGUCGAAGACAGAUCAAAUCGCGUUGUUCCAACUGUGUCACGUCCAUUAGUCUCGUCUUGAAUCAAUAACCGAUACAAUUAAACAAAAUAAAAAUUAAAAUAGCAAAAAAAAAAUGAUGUUCAUAAUACGGAUUGCUCUCCAAAGAGGAAGAGACAUUUGAUCAAUUAAUUAUUAACCAUUGACAAGUUUUGAAACUUAACAUAGCACUUAUUGUAGGAUUGAACAAACAAGAAAAGUCACAUAGAUGUAUGCAAUAAUAUACAAUUUCAAUCAUGAUAGGGAUAUACUUGGAUUUAGAACCAUUUCGACAAACAAACAAAUAUUAUCGAAUAGGAUCAGAAAUAAACUAUACAGAAAGGGAACUAUGUGACAUUUGAGUUUGAUUCGCGUCAUGCAUGUUUAGUGACGCUUACAGUAUAAAUUAGAUUUGUUUAAUUGUUAGUAUCAAUUAAUGUUUUUUUUUCUUUCAUUCUGCUUUGAUCUCGCGUGAAAAAAAAUACAAAAAAAAAAAACAUUAAAUCAAGACAUAAUUCAUCACAAAUCAUAGUAGAUUUCACUACACGACAACUCUGAAACACAAAAACAAGUUUCAGAAAUUAUUCAUAUUUUUUUUUUUUAAUUUUUAUCAUUAUCAGAAUUUACCGUGUAGUUAAUUUUGCUUUUCUAUCAGGGAAGUUCAAAGAAGAUUUGCAUUCGGGUUUAUAGUGUAAUUUUUUUUCUUACGAUUUUUUUUAAACAUAAUUAUUUUAUGAUUUCAUACAAUCAUUCAAAUAUCAUUCUUAUAUUCAUUGGAACAUUAAAUCAAUGCUUUUUGUCUCUAUUUUUUUUUUAAACCGAUUUUAAACAAAUAAAAAUUUAGUAAAAGAAUUUAUUAAGCAAAAAGUGUAGACAUUUUCUUAGUAUUUGUAUUUGAGAAUGAAUUUACUGACACACACACACACACACACUAUGUAUGUAUAUAUAUAUAUAUGAAAUCUAUUUAUCUUGUGCACUAUUCAAAUUAAAUAAUCUGUAAACGAAUAAGAGAAGGAUGAUUGAGUCAUAAAUUGACAGUGAAUGAGAUAAAAUGGUGAAGAUUCAUCGCUGAGAAACUAUAUAUAUAUUGCAAUAAUUCUAACAUAAUAAAAAAGAUGCUAGAGAAAAAUGAAAUGUGCGACCCAAAGCAUCUUCAAAUUAUCAUUUCAAUACAAUGAAACAAAAACAAACAAUUUCAGUAGCUCUAUUUUGUAAAUACUUACAUGAUCUAAAAAGAAAUUGAGUUUGUAUUUUUUUUCUCUCUUCACUUUCCACCGCAACCGCCAAUAAAAAUUACAAUAGCUUUGUAUAAUCGAGUAAAAAAAAGAAGAAGAAUCGAACACACACGCGCGCGUUUCUCUGACGUGUGAAAAUAAGCAUUUCAGUAGGACUAGGACGUUUUCAUUUCUGAUAAAAAAUCAUAAUUUGUUUUGAAUCGUUUUCUUAUUACUACGCCUAAAUAAGACUGUUUUAGUUGAAUAAUUUUAUGAUGUGCUUAGUGAUUAUUUGUUGUGGUCCAUUAUUAAUUGAAUAAUCCGAAUUGCUUCUGUUUUGUGCUUAGUUUAAAUAUUAUUCGCUUCGGUUCUAAUUUGCAAAACAGUUUAUCAGUUGUCCUUAUUUUUCUUAUUUAAUUCAGGGAUUCCAAUUCAAACAUGUGAUGCAAACAUUUUAUACAUUUGCACUUGAAGGUAUUCUGCACUUUUCCAGCAGAUAGAAGCGAGCCGAAAGAGGGAGAGAUAGUGAGAGAGAGAAUGAGCAUGUUAGAAAAAUAAUUGAAAAACUAAAAUAAAAUUAAUGAAUGAAAUGUUGAUGAUGGCAACAUAGAACGUAAAUAUAAAAAGUGGAGACAACAUUUUAGGCUAAACAUUAAAAAAACACACACAUUAAUACGUACUAUAAAUAAAGAUCUAAUUCAAAUCAAAUAGAAUUACUUAAUAGUUGAAGCACACAUCUGAAAUGGAAAUGUAAAAGAAACGGACAUCAAUAUAUGAAAAGGAAUGUGAUGCCGUUGCUAUAUGGUAUACAAUCCAAAAUCACAUUGUGAAACGAACGAUAAAAUUGUCAAGGAACCGAAAAGUCUGUUAUGUUUGAGAAAUGGGCAACACAAGUAAUUUCAGAAUUUUUCGGAAGUUUAAGAUAAAUUAUUAAUACAAUUUUUUUUUUUAUUUGACAUUCGUCACAUAUGGCUGAGUUAGUGAUGAAUAAAUACUACAUUUUUUGAUUGAAAUUUUAAAAAAAAAAAAAAAAAAACUAUUUCAGCCAAUAACGACAAAAAUGACACUAGAUGCUAAAGAGUGAAAGAAAAAAAAAUUAAUUGCAACAAAAAAAACCAAUAAAAAUAAAAUAUAAAAUACAGUGCAAAUUAAUUCAUUCAACAAAUUGUAAAAUGUAUCUGUUAAUUAUAAACUAUAUGAUUGAGACCACCAGUAUCCAAGAAUUAUACCAAAUAGAUUCAAAUCAAAAUGUUUCCAAAUGUUUAUACGAUGUUAAUUGAACAUUAUUAUUAAUAUAUCGAUUGGAUUGAACGUUUCUUCUUGGAAAGAAAAAAAAAACUCUCCCAAAAAAAUGAGGAAUCUACUUCAAUAAAAAAAAUGCAUUACAAAUUAUCUGGUCGAAUAAAUGAAGCACGAUUAACAGAGACCUUUUUCAAUCUGUUGAUAUUCAAAAAAAAAAAAAAAAAUAAAAAAAAAAUAAUUUUAUCAAAACAAAAAGCAUAUUUGUUGACAUCACUGAAGGUGAAAGAAAACAA